AUGGUUACAGUAGCGGAAUCAAAAAGUGUAACCGAAGAAAACGUAAAAGACACAACAACAAAACUUCAGGAUAGUUCUAAUGAUAUUGAUAAUCCCGAAGAAAAUGUCCAAAAAAGUAAGAAAAACCAAUCUAAAAUAAAACGUCGAAAGAAGAAGAAGAAUCAUGGGCAACAGAAUACUGGAUCACGAAAUGAAAUAACGAAAGAAAAUGGAAAGGAUGUAGAAGCAGAGGAUGAAGAAAAAGUAGAAAUUGAGUAUGUAUAUCAACCUCUGGAUGUAUCUAACGAUCCUUACUUUGAAGAAUUCUCAAAGGUUUUUGCCCAUUUUCAGAUCUCCAAAGACGAAACAGAGGAGCAAACAGAGACGAAGGAAGAGGAAAACGUUGAACCUACAAAAUCUCAAAAUGAUAAAAUGCAAGAUUCAGAUACAGAAUCGAACGUGGAUUCUGAUGAUGACAAACUAGAGAAAAUAUCUAAAAAGAAAUUAAAAAAAAUGAAUAGAUUGAGUGUAGCUCAAUUAAAACAAUUAGUAAAGAGACCAGAAGUCGUCGAGUGGGUUGAUGUAACAGCCGCUGACCCAAAGCUUCUAGUGAGUCUCAAAGCAUAUAGAAAUACGGUGCCAGUUCCUCAACAUUGGUCCCAGAAAAGAAAAUAUCUUCAAGGAAAAAGAGGAAUUGAAAAACCUGCUUUUGAUUUACCCGACACUGGGAUUAUGGAAAUGAGAGAGGCAGUCAAAGAAAAAGAGGAUGCCGCUAAAUUGAAACAAAAGACUCGUGAGCGUGUACAACCAAAAAUGGGCAAGUUGGACAUUGAUUAUCAAAAAUUACACGAUGCAUUUUUCAGAUUCCAGACCAAGCCUAAGUUAACAAUACAUGGAGAAUUGUAUUAUGAAGGAAAAGAAUUUGAGACUAAACUUAAAGAAAAAAAACCGGGACAACUUUCAGAAGAGCUUAAAGCAGCCUUGAACAUGCCACCACUUGCCCCACCUCCAUGGCUUAUCGCAAUGCAAAGAUAUGGUCCACCACCUAGCUAUCCUAAUCUGAAAAUUCCUGGAUUAAAUGCGCCAAUUCCAGAAGGGGCUCAGUGGGGAUUUCAUCCUGGUGGUUGGGGAAAACCUCCAGUAGAUGAGAUUGUACAACCUAUUGAACGCUCUUUAUGGGGUGAAUUAGAGGCAGAGGAAGAAGCAUUGCAAGAAGGACUUGCAACACCAAGUGGAAUUUCUAGUGUUCCUAGUGGUUUGGAAACUCCUGAAUAUAUUGAAUUGCAAACGCCAGAUUUUAUUGAAUUGCGAAAAUAUUCAAAACCAGAAGAAGAAGAACCCAAACAGUUAUACACUGUUCUUCCACAAAAGGAAUCCAAUGUUGCAGGAUUUAUGGGAUCUCAACAUGUAUACGAUUUAACAGCUGCUUCAGGGACAGGGACAGGAACAGCUAAAGGCCGAAAGGCUGUUGGUACUGGUGUUGAUGUGGCUCUAGAUCCUUCCGAAAUGGCAAAUCUUGACGAAGAAACUCUGAGAGCAAAAUUUGAAGAAGCUCAACAGGCGAAUCAACCUGAAGGUGCACAUGAGGACUUUUCCGAUAUGGUUGCCGAAUAUGCGAGUAAACAAGCUAAAAAGAGACAAAAGAUUGCUGAUGCUAAAGCUGCCGCUCGGGAUGGUUCGGGGGGAAGUUCAAGUUCUAAGAAAUAUAAAGAUUUCAAAUUUUAA